AUGCACAGCAACCCCAAGUAUUACAGACCGUUGCAGAAUUCUCAGAGUGGAAUGCACAGCAACCCCAAGUAUUACAGACCGUUGCAGAAUUCUCAGAGUGGAAUGCACAGCAACCCCAAGUAUUACAGACCGUUGCAGAAUUCUCAGAGUGGAAUGCACAGCAACCCCAAGUAUUACAGACCGUUGCAGAAUUCUCAGAGUGGAAUGCACAGCAACCCCAAGUAUUACAGACCGUUGCAGAAUUCUCAGAGUGGAAUGCACAGCAACCCCAAGUAUUACAGACCGUUGCAGAAUUCUCAGAGUGGAAUGCACAGCAACCCCAAGUAUUACAGACCGUUGCAGAAUUCUCAGAGUGGAAUGCACAGCAACCUAAGGAGUGACACGGCAGAUGCUGAAGAGAGGCUGAUGAACCACCUCCUGAACAGCUCGCGCUACAACAACUUGAUCCGCCCGGCCUUCAACUCCUCACAGUUGGUGGUGAUAGAACUGCAAGUGUCGCUGGCUCAGCUUAUAAAUGUGAAUGAGCGUGAGCAGAUCAUGACCACCAAUGUCUGGCUGAAUCAGGAAUGGACUGACUACCGCUUGGCUUGGGAACCUUCAGACUACGAAGGCAUAAAUAAGCUAAGGAUACCCGCUAAAAAAGUCUGGCUCCCGGACAUCGUGCUUUACAACAAUGCCGACGGCACGUAUGAAGUCUCUGUGUACACGAACGUGAUCGUGAAGAACAACGGGAGCAUCUUCUGGCUGCCUCCGGCCAUCUACAAGAGCGCCUGCAAGAUCGAGGUGAAACACUUCCCCUUCGACCAGCAGAACUGCACUCUGAAGUUCCGGUCGUGGACUUACGACUACACGGAAAUCGACAUGGUCCUUAAAACCGGCACGGCCAGCAUGGACGACUUCACCCCUAGUGGCGAAUGGGAUAUUGUGGCACUCCCGGGGCGAAGAACUGUGAACGCCUUGGAUCCCAAUUAUGUGGAUGUGACCUACGACUUUAUCAUUAAGAGGAAGCCGCUUUUUUAUACUAUUAACCUCAUAAUACCGUGCGUGCUUAUAACAUCCCUAGCCAUCCUGGUGUUCUACCUCCCGUCAGACUGUGGCGAGAAAAUGACCUUGUGUAUCUCGGUUUUGCUCGCCUUGACUGUGUUCUUGCUGCUGAUUUCCAAAAUUGUCCCCCCGACGUCGCUAGACGUCCCAUUGAUUGGGAAAUACCUGAUGUUUACAAUGGUCCUCGUGACGUUCUCGAUCGUCACCAGCGUCUGCGUGCUGAACGUGCACCACCGGUCCCCCAGCACCCACGCCAUGCCGCCGUGGGUGAAGGUGGUCUUCCUCGAGAAACUUCCGAACUUCCUGUUCAUGCAGCGCCCGGAGAACAACUCGGCGAGGCAAAGGUUGUACAACCGGAAGAAGAUUAAAACAGAGUCCGUCUGCACUGAUCUUUCUGACCUGUACAAGGGCUCGACCUAUUUUGUGAACACAGCCUCGGCCAAAAAAUACGACUUGAAACUUACGGAUAAUCCCGACAAUGUCGGCAGCCAUCAGGAUGUCCGGCUGAGAUCGUCGGCCAAGUUCUCUCCUGAAGUUCAAGAAGCUAUCGAGGGGGUCAGUUUCAUAGCUGACCACAUGAGAAGCGAGGACAACAAUGAGAGCGUCGUUGAAGACUGGAAAUAUGUCGCCAUGGUAGUGGACAGGCUGUUUCUCUGGGUGUUUGUCGUUGUUUGUAUUCUAGGGACUCUCGGCUUGUUCCUCCAGCCCGUUUUCCAAAACCACACCAUUCCGGUGAACCCCUAA